AUGUGCAUCUGGUGCAAGAGGUUGAUUCGCUCGCAAGACUCCAGAGACUCUACGUGCAAUCUAGAUUCCCCGGCACGCCCAUGUGGCCCAGCGGCGAGUGGGCCGACGAGGACGCGCCCCCGGACACCCCGGACGGCCCGGACGCGCCAGACGGCUGUCCGGGCCCGCAGUUCACGCUGAGCCAGUGCAUGCUGCGGCGGCUGCGGGCCCGCUGCUCGCUGUCUGUGCUCGCGCUGGAGUAUUGCAACAUUGAUUGUAACACGACAAGCAUCAACAACUUCCCGCCGACGCUCAAGUGGCUCUCUCUACGAGGGUCCAGGUGUUACAACCUGCCCGUGGAUAAAUCCUUCUUGUUUAACGUCCAAGAUCUGCUGCCGGAAAUCGAGCAUCUAGACCUGUCAGAGUGCACAUGGAUGGAGCCGUCAUCGCUUCUCCCUCUGAGCAAGGCGCCGCGCCUCAAGCGUUUAUUACUGCGCGAAUGCCCGCGUCUUGCUGAGUUCGUGGCUUACGCCUCGCUGGCGGCUAGAUACGGCUUCAGGACACUAGAGGUGCUAGACCUCCGCGGCUCUCCAGUGGCCGAUUCCGAAGUGUCAGCUCUCGGCUGGCUGCCGGCGCUACAGGAGCUGUACAUAGCGCCGGCACGGGAGGCGCCCGCGCCGGACCACCGCCACUACUCGGGCGAGCCGCUGCCGGCCUUCCGCGAGCUGGAGCCCUGGGAGGUGGACGUCUUCGGCCCAGCACGUCACCGCUGCCGGCUGCUAGUGUCAGCUCUCGGCUGGCUGCCGGCGCUACAGGAGCUGUACAUAGCGCCGGCACGGGAGGCGCCCGCGCCGGACCACCGCCACUACUCGGGCGAGCCGCUGCCGGCCUUCCGCGAGCUGGAGCCCUGGGAGGUGGACGUCUUCGGCCCAGCACGUCACCGCUGCCGGCUGCUAGUGUCAGCUCUCGGCUGGCUGCCGGCGCUACAGGAGCUGUACAUAGCGCCGGCACGGGAGGCGCCCGCGCCGGACCACCGCCACUACUCGGGCGAGCCGCUGCCGGCCUUCCGCGAGCUGGAGCCCUGGGAGGUGGACGUCUUCGGCCCAGCACGUCACCGCUGCCGGCUGCUAGUGUCAGCUCUCGGCUGGCUGCCGGCGCUACAGGAGCUGUACAUAGCGCCGGCACGGGAGGCGCCCGCGCCGGACCACCGCCACUACUCGGGCGAGCCGCUGCCGGCCUUCCGCGAGCUGGAGCCCUGGGAGGUGGACGUCUUCGGCCCAGCACGUCACCGCUGCCGGCUGCUAGUGUCAGCUCUCGGCUGGCUGCCGGCGCUACAGGAGCUGUACAUAGCGCCGGCACGGGAGGCGCCCGCGCCGGACCACCGCCACUACUCGGGCGAGCCGCUGCCGGCCUUCCGCGAGCUGGAGCCCUGGGAGGUGGACGAGCCCGAAUACUUCAAGAUCCAAGCUGAGACCACAGAGAAUAACGAUCAGAACCUGUGUCUACACGGAGUCGACUACAAUCUGUGCACUGAAGGAACCACCAGGCGAUCGUCAGGCCUAAAACGGCCCGCCGAGCAGUCCACAUCGACCGACGAGCCUCAGCCUGCCAUGUCAUCAGUAAAAGUCAUAGAGGUCUCCCUACGGAACCCCGGCGAAUCCCGUACCAUAUCCAGCUCGGUACACGUGAUCCCCCCAUUCAGACCCAGGCAGAGUCUCAUCGACCCAUUAGACUUGGCCAGUCCUGCAAAGAAGAAGAAGACAGAAGAAGAUGAUGAAGAGGAAUCUUCUAAUAAAGGAUCUCGAGAUGUUUCUACUAAUACUCCAUGGGUGAUAGACUAUAAUACAUGCCAGAUUGUAGGUAAGAGGACGUUUAAAGAGUUUGAGGCGUAUCCUUCAGGAUCUGGCACUUCCGAUCAGCCAGGGCCUUCUAAGAAGAAGAAGUUGGAUCCAGAAGAGAAACCAGGCUGCUCCAAAGACGCAUGUAAGUCAAAACCAGUUAAAAGUUGUCCACAGCCAGGGUCUUCCAAAGAUGCGUGUCCAAAAAAGGAUUGCAAAAAGAAAUCUAGUUCUCCGAAAGAUGGAUCAGGGUCUUCUAAAGAUGCACCAGGGUCUUCUAAAGAUGGACCAGGGUCUUCUAAAGAUGGACCAGGGUCUUCUAAAGAUGGCGAGACUAAAACACGUCCAUUUAACAAAAGUAUCACAUCCAGGAACAUAAUAUUCGCGCAGCCGGGGCGUUCCAAUGAUGAGGCUGGUCCUUCGAAUAAAAAAGAUUCGGAUUCUGAAGGCAGUUUGAACACAGCAAAUAGGGUAGUCUACUACGCCCCACAAAACGAAAACGCCCCGAAUGAUAGCUCAACGAACGAAGCAAAUCAACAACAAGAAGAAGAAGCGAAUGCAGAAUUCAGGAACACUCAAGCGGAACCGGGUCCUUCUAGAAGAAUGGUCUUCAUUCUUCCACCAGAAAACCACUGCUGUGUCCGGAAUCGACCUAACCCGUUUCCAAAUAUGCCCGGACCGUCUACCCACCGCAGAUUCGUCGUAUCUAGAGAACCAGCAGAGAAUAGCGAAGAAGAAGAAUCAGAGAAUGUCCCAGAAGAUCUAUCGGCAGAUAGAAAAUCCCAAGACCCAAACCCUAACGAUGUAGCAGGACCCUCCCGUGAUCCAGAUCGCCCGGAUAAGAACAAUCAAGACUGCCAUAAGCCGACUGAACACUCAAGCGGUUGCAAAUGCAAAAACAGUCACAAGUACGAAUACGUGCGAUUCAGGCAGAAUAUGGAUCCGGUUAUUGUUAGGCGAGAUCCGGCUGAUGUUGAAAGGGAGGAAAGAGAAAGGGAACACGCGUUUGAGAAUAGAGAAGUUCGACCGCGAGCUCAUGUUUUGUAUGUCAACGUUGGUCAACAAUUACACUCUGUGUACCGUCUUUCUAUACACACAGAACCGCCUAUUUAUUACACUUUUGGGGGUAACAGGCAUAUAGCUUUACGACCCAAUGUAGGGAAUCUGUUCUAUCCAUCGUAUACGCCGCAUUUAGACGCUGCGUCGUUAGUUACUGAUUUCGCAGUCAGGCGAUUUGGUAGGGCAGAAAUCGAAGACAUAAACGUAGUUCAUAUAGGUCCUAGAGUUGAUGGAGGGGAAGUUGGAGCUAGGCCUGACAGAUCUAACCUGAGAAUCUUGUCUAUAACUGGAUUCAGGAAUAUUACUGACAGAAGUUUAGCGCAUCUCGUGUCUUCAGCUCCGCAUUUGAGACUGAUUGACUUUAGCAGGACCAGGGUCAGUUCUCAAGGUGUUGAGAACUUCAGAUGCUUACGGCCUGAUUGUCAGGUGAUUUAUAGUGAGUUCACGGAGAAUGGAGAGUAAAAAAGUUUUAACUUAUGAAGUUUGGUCGCGUGGAUGUGUGUUUUAAAGGUUUUUCGUGUCUCUGAGAAUUGCUGAUGAGUUUUGAGCUUUAUGUCUUUGGGAUAAGAUUCGAAAUCGAUUGGAUUUGUUAAUUUGGAAGUUGUACUGCACUUUGUGAAUGGAUUAUAGAUCUUAACGCAAUGGUUAUAACUUUUGAAUUUCUCAUAAAACUUCUCUUCAUCAUUCAAGUAUUUUUGGGCGUGGUAUAUUUAAGCCACGCCCACCGCCUAGUUCAAGCUACUUGCAGCCUUAAUGCAUUGUGUUAAGGUCGAUAAUUGCUUAAUGGAGACACGAAGAAUCGUUGAAAUUUUGUCAGAUUGUGAUAUAUCGGGCUGGUUGCCUUAUCUCGGAGAUUGUGUGAUAAAAUGCACAUUAAAACGUUAUUUUGUUUAAUUAUUAUAGGUAGCGUUUAACUCUGUCAGUGCCUGAGGUAGGGGUGCGGCGCGGGAGGGUGUUUUGUGACGUCAAACGUCAUGGGACGCUGGGAAGGGGUAUCUUUGUUCAACAAUUACGUCGAAACCAAUUGACGUAGACUAAA